UUUUUCCUUAAAACAUGUUUGUAAAUACUAUUUCUAAUGUGAUUUCAGACUUUUGAUUCUAAACUUCCAGUUUAAUUUAUUUAUAGUGGUGUAAUGAAGCAUAAACCUAAAGGGAAGAAGAGUCGAUCCCCGUCUCCCAGAGUCAAGGAUGUGGAAGUGGGAAAAGCGGUCGACCUUUCCCAAGGCCAAGGGAUGGGAAUCGAUGCACAGAAGCUCACCCUAAGCGAAUCCAACAUCCUCAACCCAAAUCAAGUCCUUGGACCAGAUGCAGAUCUUACUCUCUUUAUUCCGGAUGAUGCAUCCUCCAUUAUGGAGGAAGAGGAGGACCCUGGUCGGAAGAUUUCAGUUCUUACCCAAAAGUUGAUUUCUCGUGGCUUGAGCAACAUUGGGACUUCUGCAUGUGGAACUAUGCAUGUGUUUCUUAAACUUAACCUGCAGGGAAUUGGUCUGGAGGAUAUAUCUGCUUUGAAAUCACUGCAACACAUCCAGGAGCUUGAUCUCUCCCAUAACAAUCUCACUGACCUUUCUGCGUUACGAAAUAUGCGAUAUCUUGUUAAGCUGAAUGUCUCCCAUAAUGAACUCACAGAGGUCCUUGAUUUUGAACCUCCAUUUGGACUGAGAGAGGCAAAUUUUUCGCACAACAACAUCACCAAGAUGCCAGGCUUAUCAACUCAUGGUCAUCUUUCAAUCCUCAAUUUAGAGCACAACCGCAUUGAAGAGGUAGAGGGACUUUCUAACUGCAGCUAUCUGCAGAAACUUGUUCUGUCAAGGAAUCUUAUACAAAAUAUUUCAGGCUUUGAAAAUCUGAACCUUCGGGUGUUGGAACUUGCUCACAACAAGCUUACGCAAAUUGAGAACCUGGAAACAGUUCAACAGCUUCAGGAACUGGAUUUAUCCGGUAACAACCUGUUCAGCUUGUGUGGUUUGGAAGGCAUGAAUGAUUUGUGCCUAUUGAAUUGUGAAGGCAACCAGCUUUCUGAUUUAGCUGAGAUACAAUACAUUGAAUCCAUCCAAAGCAUCAGGACCUUAAACUUUGUUAACAACCCUAUGGUGGAAGCUGAGGAAUACAGGAAAUCAGUUAUAUUUGCUAUGCAACAGAUUACUGAACUUGAUGGAGUGCCAGUUAGUGUGGAGGAAAAAGUGAUGGCUGUCAAUUUGUUCGACCCCCCACCAGAAGUACAAGCUGCUUUGGAUCAUAUAACCCAUACAGUAUAUCGGUUCCUUCAGCCAAGCAAGAUCUAUGAAAGCACGCUUCCAAGCAUUGAGAUGCCAUACCCCAUGCUGGUGUUAACAGGACCACAGGCCUCUGGGAAAAGAGAGCUUGCUCACCGACUUGCGCAGGAGUUUCCAGAUUAUUUUGGGUUUGGUGUCUCUCAUACUACAAGGGUGAUGCAUCCUGGUGAGACAAACGGGAAAGAAUAUCAUUUUGUUACCCCCAAUCACUUCCAAGCUCUUCUAAGCCAAGGUUAUUUUGUGCAAACCUACAGACACUCUGGUUGCCUCUAUGGUCUCAGUCUUGAUGCAAUUGAAAGUGUAGCUAAGGAAGGAUUGGCUUGUGUUGUGCAUAUGGAAAUAAAUGGUGUUCGAACGCUCAAAAAUACCUAUUUUGAGCCCCGUUAUGUACUCAUACUUCCAGUUUCAAAAAAUGAACACAAAGCAAGAAUGAUUGAAAGGGGUCUUUACACCAAAGAUCAAGUAAAACACAUAAGUGAGAAACAGACCGCCAUGUAUGCAGAAAUUAACCAGGAAAAUCCAGGAUUCUUUGAUAUGGUAAUCAACAGUGAUAAGCUGGGUGAAGCAUAUGACAGGCUUCGGCAGUUGGUGAUGGACUAUCUUGGCACAACAGAUCUAUCAGGGGCAGAUGCUGAAGUAGCAGUUCCGAGGUUGUCCACCACUGAACACAAGGAAGAGUCGGGAACGCAUCAGACCACUUUAUCAGGGCACAUGAGAAGGACAUGGUCACGCCCUUCUUUUCAUGGAGACUCCACAAACAGCAAUGACCCAAAUUCUGCCAAGAACCAGAUUAAACUGGACUCAAGGAAAACACCAGUUGAAGAAGCUUCUUACAGGCGACGGCAAAAUGCAGCAAAAGAGGCCGUGGAAGGAUUUUCUCCAAGUGUGUAUGAUGAGUUAUUUAGGAGACCAAUGGUGCCAAUGACAGCCCCAGGAAUGCUUGAAGGAAGCCCAAUGGCUCAAGCUGCGUCUCUGUACCAAGACCCUGCGUUUGCUGCCUCUAUGUACCCUAACAUGAGCCAAGUUACUAUCGAAAAUGGGCAAAAUUACAUUUCCGACAAAACGAAAAGCGACCGAAUUUCUCCAGACAGCUCAAACAGCUCGAACGAAGAUAGCACAGGAUUAUCUGGCCUAUCGUCUGCCCGCGGAUUUUCUGAUGAAGAAUCUUGUAAAGACCAAACUCGAAGAUCGAAACCAAACGCUCCUGUUGAGUUUUCAGAUCAACCUCUUGAUCUUGGAGCACUCAAUGAUGCUUUGGAGUCCCUGAAAGGAUCACUGAAAGAUUCAUCCCGAACUGCAACUCCUCUUGCCCCAAGAAUAGUGGAUGGUUUGGAAGACUGGAUGGAGUCAUUUGACCAACCUGAUAAACCUGGUGCCAACAUUAAACCAGUCCUUCCACCUAUUCCUACUGGUGGAAGGUAAAUCUUUCAUUCAUUUUAAGAUAAACAUUUCUUGUGCGUUUCUUAACGUAUCCAAUUGAGAAAACAAUUUUCACAAAUUUGAAAACAUAUCAUUUUAUAUAUAUAUAUAUACUUUUUUUGGAUUUUAUUGGUUUAAGUUAAUUUCGAUGAAUUUCAUACUUUUACUGCACUAAUUGCAUUUUGGAAAGUUUUAAAUAUGUUAAACAUGUUUUGUGGUGGAUUUGUCACUUUUAUUGCUUGUUUUUCCUUCUAAAUUAGUUAAACUCGCACAAAUGCUCUUUUUUAUGUAUAAAACAGUUUACACUUUUAUGGCUUUUUAG